GUUCGUAAUUCACGAGCCUAAGUCCAAGCAGUGUAAACACCUGGCAGGGCCGCGGGCUUUCCGAACAGUUUCCAAACAGAAAAGGAGUUUCGAUUCUUGAGUUAUUUAAUUAGAAAUGCUUCAUGUUCUCCCAGCGAUGAAAUGAACGAAGCAAGCGUGUCUGAACGCGGUUUGAAGGGUGUUUUUAAGUUAAAAGGGAAGCUGUAUGAUGUUUAUCUUGACGAAAAUGAAAUCGUCUGGACACUACAAGGCGAGUUGAGUUCAGCCUCUAGCACACGCAAUUACAAGCUUUGCACAAGAUCUGUGAAACUGUCAGAUAUCAUUGGUGCAUGGAUAGCAAAACGACGCAAACCUAAAAAUGAAAGGAAGGAUGGUGAACUUGUUGGAUUUACUAUUUUUACCUUCAAUAAAGCUCACAACAGGAAGCUGUGUGAAGCAAGGAUAACAUUUGAGAGUGAUGAUCAAAAUGUCUGUGACAUGUGGAUUGUUAAGAUCAAUGACACUUUACAGAGUAUUCCUAGUAGACCUCAUAAGUUGAAAGUAGUAAUAAAUCCCAGAAGUAAAAAAGGCCAAGCGAGGCUUGUGUAUCUGAAACAAGUUGCGCCAUUAUUUGAGAAAGCUGGCAUCACGGCAGAUCUUUUGAUGACACAGUGGGCAGGGCAUGCUUGGGAGUUCUUCCGAACUGCAGAGCUUUCCACAUAUGAUGGGGUUGUUUGUGUUGGAGGAGAUGGUACUGUACAUGAAGUUGUUAAUGGAUUAUUAGAGAAGUCUCAUGGAAAUAUUGGAAUUGAUCUGGUAGAUGGAACCCUACCAGAGAAGUUCAGUGCUCUGCCACUCAGAAUGCCAAUUGGAAUCAUUCCUGCAGGUUCAACAGAGGUGGUGGUUUAUUCAGCACAGGGAUCUAAUGAUCCUGUUACAUCUGCUAUACAUAUAAUUUUAGGUCACACAAUAUCAUUGGAUAUAUGUUCCCUGUGGAGUGACAACAAACACAUCAGGUUCACAUUUUCUCUGGCUUAUGGCUUCCUUGGAGAUGUGUUGAAAACUAGUGAGCAACAUCGUUGGAUGGGUCCAAAAAGAUACAAAUGGGGAGCUGCCAGGAGACUCUGGAAACUGAGAUCUUAUGAUGUGGAGGUGAAAUAUCUUCUAAGUCCUUUUCCUGAACACCAUCCAAGAGAUAACACUCGCUGUAGAAUGGGUUGUGAGGUUUGUAGUAAGGAAGAUGAUCAAGAUUAUGAAAGUGAGCAAAACAAAGAGUGGAAGUCGUUUCAAUCUCGUGUAAAUGGAGUGAAUUUUUACACUCUUCCCAAUCUGUGUGAGAUAUCCCCAGAGGGUCCAUCACCAUGCUGUCACCUGGGAGAUGGUUUCACAGACCUUGUUAUCAUUAAAGACUGCUCAAGACUCCAAAUGAAAUCACAUAUUCAGCGAAACUUCAAUUCCAAAGACCAGUUUGCAUUUGGCUUCAUCGAAACACACCGUGUUAAAGAAUGUCAUAUUCGUGCCUGUGACAAGAGUGGUGUCCCUGUGAGUGGUACGGAUAGUCCAUUACUUGGCGGUAGUUAUAGAGCAAGGAGGAAUCGUAAGGAGCGGCGACCAGUGGGUGUGUGGAAUGUGGAUGGUGAAGUGCUCAGGCAGGCAUCUUUAUCUCUCAGGGUUCACAGACAAAUUGUAACUAUAUUUGGAAGUGGUAUAGAGGAUAUCUCUCAGCAAAAGUGUUGCUUCCUGAAAUAGCAAAGCGUUGAAACUUCAUAACAUUUAGAGGAGCUUAUUUCUAGUAUGUAAUUCUUGUAUCGUUCAUAAUGCAUAUACAUGCGAUGGAGGCAGGAUGAACAUUAAGUAGUCAUGGCCCGCUGAUAUUAAGGACAGGGAACAAAGUCCCUCUUAACAAAUGGCUUUCCAGCGGACUUUUUAGUUUUUUUUUAAUUCUCCUAUACACCGUUUGUAAAGCUUAUCCCAAUAAGCUGAAUGUUAUGUAAGAUUGCGGCAUUUGCACCAUCUACUGAUUUGUUUUAAGAUAAUUGUUAUCCAAAAUUAACCAGAAUUUAGAUCAGAACACAAGAAAGUUUCUCGUACCUGCGCGAGGAACGUUUCUCGAAAUGUUUCAGUCUGAAUGUUUUUGAGUGAGCUGUCUUUCUCCAGCUUCUGUUGGAGUCUUAAUUCGUUUUUAAUAUAAAGUAUAACUUGAACUUCCUACCUAAAUUUGUAUUAUUUAUUUAUAUAUGUAUUUAUUUGUCAAGCAAUUUAGUUAUGAUUUUAUUAAAUUGCAUUGGCCAUAUAGUAGUGAAAAGUUUAAAAAAUACCACCAUUUAUUAAAAUAAUAAUUUUCUGAAGGGAAUCCACUGCAUAAUUCAAUUAAAUUUAUUGAGUACCCGUAAUAUGACGGAAAUAUUAUCCUAAGUAGAUUUUGAUGAAUUUACUGCAUAUUGACAGAAUGACCUCCAAUGUACUGUAUUACUGAUCGGCAGUCAGCUGUAGUUGCUUAAAUAUUACCGCGUCCCUAAGGUGUCCCCUUUGUUAAGCUUCCACUGUAUGAAUUCAGCAAUAAUUGACAAAUUGAAAGCCCUCUCUAUGUUUCCUCGAUUUGAGUAAAACAGUGAAUGUUGUGUAGUCCAUUAAUUGUGUACCUACUUGUAACUAAAUUCAAUUAACUAGAAACAAAUAUAUUCGCUGGUAGAAGCCCUCGUGUUUGGUUUUGCUGGAUUGCUCGUUGCGGAGAGAUGUAGCAUUACAAACGGUUUGUAAACGGCACAUGGUGAUUGGUGAAUUGAUUGUGAAAAAAAACCCUACGUGUGAUCCAGUUUGCGGGGACAAAAAAUUAAAUUUUCUGCCUGGUAAACAUCCUUUCAUUUGUUUUCUAACAUUUUUUAAGAAUAUUGAUUUCAAUUAUUCAGUAUGGUUUGAAGGAUUUCAAAUAUUUUUUUUUUCUCUCCGUGUUAUCGUCAUUUUAUUUCAAACAGUUUUUAUCUCAAGGGAGCAUCGAUCCCAGGGACUGGAUUAAGAAUCGUUUCAUUUUACACGUAAGAGAGUCUCGAAUGCAGAUAACUAUUUGAAAUGUUCAAGUGAGUCGCUGAGCUUGAACAAUAAUACAGUUAUGUUGUUGAAUUUCAGGCUUGCAAAUUGCAUUCUUAGUGUUCUGACUGAUUCUCAGUUCGAUUACCAGUUGACCUUACAUGGGAAAUAAUUGCGUCAUGUCGCAAAGCUUUUUUGUUUUGUUUUUUUGGCUGGGGGCGAACGCUUGUGUUAAACAGUGGUAAAAUAAAACGAUAUUUUUGAGGGGGA